CUUUUCUUUACUAAAAAACACAAAACACAAAAAAUGACACCACGUAAACAUUCAUUCAUGGAUAACAUAACUGAGGAAGAAGACGAAGCGGAAGAACAAGAAGAAUUAUUAGCUGAAGCAAAUAAUGCAAAGGGGGACGAUGAGGCGGUUGAUGAUCAUGGUUACCUGGACGCUAAGCACAGCUCCAAACAACAUUUUGAUGAAAUCAUCAACAAGAAAAACCAUGAAGGGCCUACGCUAGCGAAACCUAAAAACUUUACGGAAUAUACCAUUUAUUUCAUUCAUCGAUUGAUAUCCUAUACCAACAAAAAACGCAUGCGCCCUAGUGGGUAUUGGCGGUAUGUUUUGGGUGUCUACAAGAACCUGUUCUUGGCCUUUUAUUUCAAUUGGAUCGUGAUUUUUACUUCGCCUCUGAGUUCAUUGGCUUUUGUGUUUACCUAUCCGAUCAUUAGUGUGCUUUUAUUUGCAUUCGAAAUCGGCUUAAAAAUGUUUAUGGAUCAUCUCGGUGGUACGCAACUUGUUAAACGUAUCAGUGAAGAUUUUGGAAAUAAUUUUGGGAUCAUUAAUUGGGGCGCACCACAACUAUUGACAUCUGAGAAAUCGUACAAUUUAAUCUUGUCCACAUUAUUUGCACUUGGUCAAACCCCAGGUGCUUCUGAAAAGAAAGAUAGUACGGAUGAUCGUCGACAUCGUGUAUUUGACGUGGCCAUUGCUCAAACCAUGACCAUCCUUUCUUCUUUAGUCUAUGAACGUCACGAUGGCAAAGUCACUGAAGCUUAUCGCAUCCGUACAAACUUUGAUAAAGGCAACAGGCUCAAGCUCAGUUUAGAUCAAGUCGAAUUGGAAAUGAAAAAACUGAUUUGGGAAUCAGAACGUCCUAUUCGUAAAAUUGCAAGAAGGUAUAGUCUUCAUUUUGCUGGUGUUACAGAACUCAAGUCGUUGGGUGGACCAUUCUGUGGUCUCUUUUGGUCAAUGGAUCCCAAUAAUCCCUUUAUUAUUGUGGCUUUUAAAGGAACAACGCCUACCAAUUAUAGUGAAUUUUUAGUGGAUGCUACUUUACAAAGAACAGAUGCAAGAUCUUACUUAUUUGGAUCUGCACAUGAAGGAUUUUAUGACAGUUUGUUCCCUACUCACAUUGAUGAUGAGGAUGCACGUGAUCCUUAUUAUGCCAUUCAAAGUGCAGUGAGAGAAAAGGCUCGUCAAAUCCAACAAUCCUCCAACCAUCCUUCUCGACCUGUGCAAGUCUGGAUUACAGGCCAUUCUCUUGGUGCUGCCAUGGGUACAUUAUUAUUUGCGAGAUGGUUAAAAUGUCCUGAAGAUAUUGCACCUCACUGUACUGUACGAGAUGCCUACGUCAUUGGUCUUCCAGCUGUGGGCGAUAACGAUUUCGCAUCCAUGUUUGCAUCCUAUUCCAACGCACCGCUUGCUCGAACAUCAACUUUAUGGCGUAUUAUCAACAAAUCUGACAUUAUCUGUCGUAUCCCCCCUGGCUAUAACAACAUGACGAUCGGGCAUUAUGUGCCUCAAACGGAUUUCUUUAAUUUUUCUCAUGUGGGUCAUGCAGUUCAGAUUACACACGCCACACUGGAUCCCAACCCACUCAAGAUCUACCCAUCCAGUCAUCAAACGAACCUAAAAGUGGAUGUGGUUGUUUCGGACAGCGAUUUUCCACGAAAUCGACAAUUGCAAGCCAAAGAAAAGAAAGCGGCACCUCUACCGGAUAUGAAAGCAUAUCCUUGGUGGAUUAGACCUUGGAUUGAACGUGUAGAGAACCCUAUUCCUAUUAUCGAAUGGUUCUACCCUUUUUUUCUGCGAGAUCAUAUUCCUAUUCAUUAUUUUGAGGGACUUGAACGUGCACGUGUUUACUAUAAACCCUCCAAGAUCAACAUGUGCAAAAAUGACUGAAAAAGGAAACCGCAAACGCAAAUUAUUAAAAUAAAUAAAAUUUUAGACAUAACAAUGAAAGGUAUAGAAUUAUUUAGUUUAGUAAUAUAUUGAAAAAAGAGAGAUAAAAAAAAGAGAAUUACGUUCUUCCAGU